UUUUUUUGAACCGGACUAGGGCUCUAUGAUUUCUCCUAUUUUGCCCCACAUCACCACGCUGCCCGCUUCGGAAAUCACUAUUCGGCCGUUCUGAAAAAAAUAAUCUUCACGCUUCAGUUCCCCCAUGGAGUGAAAUCCACAAACCCUGGAAAAUCACAUACCAUGCCGAAUCUCGUUCUCUCUUCUCCAGGCCUCACCUUACAAAACCCUAGUCCCUUCUCCGUCAUCUACUCUCUCUACUCACCCAAAUCCCCGAAACCCCGAACUUCCUCCUUGAAAUGCAGCCUCUCCGACAACUACGGCCAGCAACAACAGAGGUUUUCGCCCAACAACAGCUUCCCUUACCCUCCACAAUCAGGUGUGCCGCCUAAGGUUUUUGUGGGUCACUCGAUAUACAAAGGGAAGGCAGUUCUCAAUUUGGAGCCCAGAGGGCCGGAGUUUAUUUCUUUAGAGUCUGGUGCGUUUAGGAUAGGUAAAGAAGGAAGUGUAUUCCUGCAGUUUGCUCCUGCAAGCAGUACUCGUUCGUAUGAUUGGGACAAGAAGCAGGUGUUCUCCUUGUCAGUGACGGAAAUUGGAACUCUAAUUAGCCUUGGGGCGGAGGAUGUGUGUGAAUUCUUUCAUGAUCCUUUAAUAGGGAAAAGUGAUGAAGGUAAAGUGAGAAAGGUGUUAAAAGUAGAGCCCCUUUCAGAUGGCUCGGGUCACCUCUUCUAUCUCAGUGUUCUAAACAAGCUUAUAGACAUGGAGGAAAGCAUUUUCAUCCCGGUUUCCAGAGGGGAGUAUGCAGUUCUAGUCUCAGUAUUCAAUUUUAUUCUGCCAUACCUUGUGGGUUGGAACACCUUUGCUGAUUCCGUAAGGCCACAAGAUACAAGACGUAUGAACAAUGCUAGUCCAAGAUCUGGAGUAGACUAUGAAUGGAGCAGGUAGAAUAGAAUAGUCUUCGCUGUAAGGUUCCCUAGAGAAUGGUCUUCCCAUUUCUUGUCCUCUUGGUUGUGGGUUCCGUGUUUUAUUUUCUCAGUCUGGGAAAACCUUCGCAUUUUUUGGUUUGGUUAAUAUGUUAGUCGGUUUUAAUGAAAACCCUUUUCAAUAGUUGUAGAGGUGAGACUGGAUUAUCUGUGGACAAAUCGAUGAACAGAUUACUGCA